ACAAUUUUGUUUUAAAUCAUUCGAAAAGUGCAUUUUUACAAUUUCACAGUAAAAACCGAAUUUUAAUUAAUGUUUUCAUAUCUACAGGGACAACGGGUCAACCUGCAGUUACUGCAGGAGUCCGCAUGUCGUGAACUGGUGCAUUUACUUGAAAAAAUUGAAGGAAAUAAAUCGAUCGUACUCGAUGAUGCGUUAUUGGGAACAAUUGGUCUGAUAGCGGCACCAAGUCUUUUUUCCGACAGGGGUAUUAAACUGCUGAAAUUGGGUAAUGAUACGAGAUUACCCAAAGAUGUCACAAAUAUUAUUUAUAUAGUCAGACCAUUGGUUGCGAUAAUGGAUGAGGUGGCAGCACAGGUAUUGAAAAACACUGAAAAAGGGCGUACAUUUCACAUAUUCUUUGUGCCCAGACGUUCAUGUCUGUGCUUAAAGCAUUUAGAACAUAAAGGCGUUUAUGGAAGUUUUGGUUUGUUUGAGGAGUUAACAUGGAAUUUUUAUCCGGUCGAAAACGAUGUUGUUUCGAUGGAAUGGCCCAACGCAUUUCGCGAUGUUGCAAUUGAUGGCGAUCCAACUGCUUUGUAUCAGGCAGCAGUUGGAUUAGUGCAGUUGCAGCGUAUCUACGGUAGAAUACCAAAGAUCUAUGGUAAGGGCAGUAUGUCGCAGGGAGUUUGGGAAAGAGCCAAGCAACUGGGAGCAGAGGAGAAACUAUUAUCGAAUGGUGAAAAGGGAACGAUAGAUCAAAUCAUACUAUUGGAUCGUACAAUUGACCUUCUAAGUGCAUUUGCCACCCAAUUGACUUACGAAGGUCUAGUUGAUGAAUUCUUUGGUAUACGUCAAAAUCAAUUGACCAUGUCUGCCGAACUUUUUGCAACACGCUCCGAUAAUGAUUCAUCUCCAGCUCAUUUGAGUGCGGAAAAGAAAACGUUUAUACUGAAUUCGGGUGAUAAACUGUACGCAGAAUUGCGUAAUAAAAAUUUUAAUGAAGUUGGUAAGGUUUUGGCACGCAAUGCCAAGGAGAUAAGUGCUCAGACAGAUGCGAGUUCUCAAGAAAAAUCCGUACAAGAUAUGAAACGUUUAGUGGAUAAAUUACCAGCUUUGUUGGCACAAAAGCAAUCUGUAUCCAAUCAUACCACAAUUGGGGAAUUGAUACGUAAACAAUUGGAUUCGUAUAAAUUCACCGACGAUUUGGCUGCUGAACAGGAGUUUAUGAUGUGCGAAGAUAUCGAUAAACCCAGUUCUUAUAUAGAGGAUUUGAUUGGUAAAAAAUCGGAUUUGAAUAAUAUUUUUCGUUUGAUGGCCAUACAAUGUGCUGCAGCAUCGGGAUUUAAGGAGAAGGUUUUAAAUUAUUACAAACGAGAAUUGGCUCAUGUUUAUGGCAUUGAAAUUCUGUUGAAAAUAAGCAAUCUGGAAAAAGCUGGAGUUUUAUAUACUCAAUCAGAAUCGAGAGCGUAUGCUGUAUUAAGAAAGACUUUGAAUUUAACAGUUGAUGAUGCCGUCGAAGUAAACCCCAAAGAUAUAAGCUAUGUUCAUAGUUUCUAUGCCCCUCUCACUGCACGCAUUGUUGAACAAUCUCUAAAGCCUUUGGGAUGGCAAUCACUGAAAAGCCAAAUUAACAAUUUACCAGGACCAACAUUUGAAGAUUUUCAAGCUCAGCUUGUUGGCAUUGGCGGCCGUCAUUCAUCCACACCUAGUGAAGGAUCCAUGCUUAACGUUCCACGCGUAGUUCUAGUAUUUAUUGUUGGUGGUUGUACAUUUGCCGAAAUCGCUGCUUUACGUUUCCUGGCCCAGGAAGAGGACAACAAUGUUGAGAUUCUUAUAGCCACUACUAAAAUAAUAAAUAAGCAUACAUUCUUGGAAAAUUUAAUACAAUGAACGUACAUACAUACAUGCAAAACGACUAAACAUUCAAAUAUUCUUUUUAUAUUAAUUAUAAAACAAAUUAAUCUAUAUUAUCAUUAUUUUAAAUAAUUUAUGUACUUGUCUAUAUAAACAUCUACUACUACAGUAUAAUAUAACGACAAAAAAUAAACUUAUUUAUACGUAUUUAUAAAAUAAA